AGUAGCACCCUCCGUCCCUCUCUCUCACACACACACACAAACACUGCAAUGUCAGCCGCCAGCACCGAGACGAGCGCCCCGUUGCCCGCGGCCGCCAGCCGGGUGUUCUUCCAGCCACUGGCCGGGAUAGGGUGCGCUGGGUCCGGACCCAUGCCGCGGGACGACCCGGUCCAGAGGAAGCAGGGGAAAGUGACGGUGAAAUACGACAGGAAGGAGCUGCGGAAGAGACUGAUCCUGGAGGAGUGGAUCAUCGAACAACUCAGCGAUCUGUAUGACUGUGAGGAAGAGGAGAUGCCAGAGGUGGAGAUAGACAUUGAUGACCUGUUGGAAGUCAACAGUGAAGACGAGAGAGCCGUCAAACUACAGGAAUCCUUAAUGGACUGCUUUAAACCCACAGAGAUCAGUUCAGAUUAAGAUAAGGAGAGGAGACGAGGAGAGGAGACGAGGAGAGGAAGCCACAACAGACUAAGUAGAUGAACCCUCGAUCUCCUGGCGUUUGUCUUUAGGAUACUUGUGGGUUUCUCUCUCAGGAUACCGUUCGUUCAGGGCUGUAGGCUGACAUUUUAAAUUAUUUUGUAACUUCCAUGAUUACGUGAGGAAGUAUUUUGAGAAUGUCUGUUUCGGUCUGUUGGUGAGCUUUCAGUUUGCAUGUUUUACUAGCAUGAUCCGGGACACAUUUUGUUUACCCAGAAUCUUUAUAUUUAACUAAAGUAAAUGUUUCCUUUUUUUUUUAAAUAACUUAUUAGAAAGAUUAUACUGCAGGAAUGUUGUUUUGUGUACCUCCAUGCCAAGCGUCUUCAUUUGUUUUUAAAUUUUAAUGUAUGGCGUUACAAUAAAAAGACUGUUAAACCAU